AUGGCCUCGCCGGCGAAGCGCGCCAAGGCCUCGUCGCCGACCAAGCCCCCGAGCGCGCCGGCUCCCGAAGAGGCCGCCACCGCCUCCUCUGAGGACCCCGUCGUCCUCCUCCGCCGCCGCUGGGAACUCGCCUCCGUGCUAAACUUCCUCAGGGUGUUUGAGCCGGUGAUCGAGGCGGACUUGCGGCUCUCCGCGGAUGAGAUCGAAAUGGCCCUCGCGUCCAACAACCGCGACCUAGCUCGCAUCCACAUUACCCUUUUGAAGGGAAUACCUCCAGUUAACAAACAUCUACAUGAUGAGGAUGGAUGGAUUAUAGUAACUGCCAAAAAGCUAACAGAUUGGUGGUCGUGGGUUGCCGAAGGAGCAAACCCAUUCAGAAGUAAUCCAGGGAAGGAAGUCGAGACGUAUAAGCAGCAAGAUCCAAUCAAGCGGUUGUUGAUACUAAAAGCGCUCUGUGAAGUCCGAUCUGAGCAAAAUGAUGCGGUGUGGUAUGUUAAUGAUGGAAUGAAGAAAGGAACGCAUAUUUCCAACUUUCGGAAAGAUAAACUAGGCAGUGGCAGUAGUGGGACUAUAUACUGGUAUGACGGUGAUUCAACUAUUGGCCAUAGAUUAUACACAGAAGAUGUAACUGUUGAUUUUAAGCAGAAUUGGAAGGGGAAGGGUGGCCGAUUGACAAAACCAGUUACCAAUAUUUACUGGGAAACAGUUGCAACUAACCUUGACGAGUUUCUUGAAAUAUCAGAGAAGUUAUCCAGAAAGGGUCAUGCUGAAUCUGCUAUUGCAGAGCAUCUUAAGACUGAAAUUGUUCCAGCUGUGGAGAAGUUUCAAAAGAAAAAAGAGAGGCUUUUAAAACGUCAGGAGAAGAAGGACAAAGUUUUAGCUUUUGCUAACACUUUCCAAACCCGUUCAUUGCGUGAACGUAGGCCUGUCAGCUACAAUUUCUCCGAUUAUGAUCGUUCUAUUGAGGAGGCGAUAAGAGCUGUACAGAAAGAAAAAGAACAAGAUUCACAUGAGGCAGGAACAAAAGAGAAAUGUGCUUCACAUCAUGGAGACAAAGGUGCCAAUGGAAGAUCUGACAUCAGUUCUGAAAACAACAAAAAUGUAGGACAGGAGGAUGCCAAGUAUCUAAGUGACCUGAGCUCUGAUGAUGAGGAAGACAGAGACUAUAAUGACAGGGAUGCCAGCUCUUCUGACAGUGACGGAGAAAAUAAUGCUUCUGAUUCCUACAAGAGCGACAUGGAAGAGGUGGAUGUGUUUGUACCGCGCAAGAGAACCCGUCUUGCUGCCCGUUUGGCAAAUGACAAGCCUCGGCCAGGGCUCCGUCGGAGUCAAAGAAACAUGAAGAAUGAUGAAGGGACUAUGCAUCCAGGUCAGAUCACCCCUCCACCAAUGACGAAGAAAACACUGAGGCAAAGGCCCACGCCUGUCUCCAAGCAGCCUGACACUACUUUCUCUGGCUCUGAAGAUGAUCUUGCACAGGUUGUUGCUGACUCAGAGGAUGAAACUGAGUAA